GAGUUGACGGCCAAGGUGGACGCCAUGCCACCUCCUGAAGAGAACACCAUACCGUCUCAUUUGCCAGCGCCAGAGAAACUCACGUGGCAGUUGUCUGAACAGAGUCUGAACGACAUAAGGGAUGCUAUGACGUCCUUUGAUGCCUUGGUGGAGGACUUGGACCUAUGCAUAUUUUGGUUCAAGGAUUACUCGAAAGAGUUCAUCAAAUCCAGCAGGAUCAGCCCGGAUGUUUAUAUACAGUUGGCGUUACAGUUCACACACUUCCGGUGAGUUACAUGGAAAUUUGGUCGCCACUUAUGAGAGCGCAGGAAUUCGAAGAUUUGCACUUGGAAGGGUCGACUGCAUCAGGGCAGCGAGUCCGGAGGUACUGAAUUGGGCAAAGGCCAUGUGCCAAGGGGAUCCUGAAAGCCAAACGACGAACCAGCAGAACAGCGGCCCAGACGAAGGCACCAAAAGAGUUCAGUUCACCAUUUACAGUCAAGAAAGAAUCAAGGAGCUGUUCGACUUGGCGGUACAGAGACAGACCAAAGAGAUGACCGACAACAUCACUGGCCAGGGAAUCGACAACCAUUUAAUGGGUCUUCGUUACACUGCCAAAGAAGUCGGAGAACCGAUUCCAGAGCUCUUCACGAAUCAGGCUUACGAAAUCAUCAAUCAUUUCUCUCUUUCCACGUCACAGGUGACCACGAAAAACGACGCCAUCGUGGGUUACGGCCCAGUGGUACCUGAUGGUUAUGGCUGUGCUUACAACAUCAGAAACAACGGCAUCAUAUUCUCUGUGUCUGCUUUCCACAGCGACGGUAGGACAAACGCCACGCGCUUCGCCCGCACCUUGGAGCAGAGCCUGCGUGACAUGUCGGCCAUGUUGAAACAGGCUGGCCAACGAUAAAGGAAAGUACUAGAAUCAGCAGUCACAGGUAAUAAGUAACGAAUCGCCAACGAGACGAGUCGAGCUCGUCCAUGAAAGUAUUUAUCGUAGUACGAAUUAGUAGAAAGAAACGUUUGUCUACUUGCCAUUGCAAGAUGUUGUAUAUAUGGACCUAGUUGCCAUUAACUCACACAAGUUGGUAGGCAUUGUUGGUUUGAUAUUCUCUCCCGGUCCGUUCGGGUUGACGCUAUAGAACGGACCCUAGAUAGCAAUUUUACAUAUCGUAAGCAUAGUUUUAUUUCCGCCAUGGUAGGUGGAAGCUUCUCCUAGGGCGGUCAAUUUAACGACGACCACGUGAAACGUGAAUCCAUGAUGAUUUUUAGGGAAUUAUUCUUCCAGUUGUACUCGCAUGCACGUACCGGUGCUUAGAUACAUUGUGCCAUUUGGAAGAGAAGCUUUUUUCUAUCGUUCUGCCAAUUUAGAUAUCUAUUCUUGUGAAUUUGUCACAAGGCCAUUGCAACCCUGUCGCUAUUAAUGCCGACUUAAUCGGCCAUGGCAUUUUUAUGACCAAAGAAAGCUCCAAGUAUUCCGUUGGUAUUUAAAUAAGUUUUUGCAUACUGGUGAUGGUAAAAAGCUUAUUUAAAUAUUGACAGAAAAGAUGGUAAGCAAUUUUAGUCUGUAGAUCAGUCGAUCAUUGUUAAACGCUAGUCCUGUUAUGUCCGAGCGCUGGAAGUUCCUUUCCUCUGAAAACGACUAGUCUUAUCGUUAUCGUAUCGCUGUUGAUUGUAAUUGUUAAUUAACGAUAGUUCGUGUACAAUUUAUUAGUUGUAGCAUACUGCGAGCUACGGUUGUUUAAACGAAUUUGAUCUCACCAUUUUAUGUGUUCUAGAGAACUGUAACCUUCGAUGUAACCGAGAGAUUAGACAAGUGAUAUUUUAGGGAUACGGUUUAAGAACUACUUGUAACAUCUGCCCGAGUAGCCUUCAUUUUAGAAUAAAUCGUGAAUAGGUUUACAAGCAAUCAGAUGUUUCUUUUUAUAGUUGACGAUUUUUAUCGAUUAUAUACGUCUAUCUCGUUAGAAAGUUAAUUGUACAUUGACCAUUUCGUUUAAUUUAAAACAGGCGUUCAAUAAUUCUGAGCAGAAAAUUUCUGGUCCAGUAGGGAAUUUACAUGAAUCAAUGAGUUGAAAAUGCAGACUAACUUUUUUCCAUAGAAGGCCUUGUUUCUGAAUCAAUAGGUAUUGAAAGUUUAUCGAAAUUUCAAAUAUUUAAAAAAACCGCCAUUUCUUCAUAAAAGCGUCACCUAGUGAUGAAAACGAGAACUAAGGUAAGAAUAAUUUUUGCGCCUUUAUCGACGAUAUCAAAAAGCUCAUUGCACCUACCAGUAGAUGGCGCCACUUGUUUUGGCGGUUUUCUUUUUUUUAAAUAUAGAAAUAUCGAUGAAUUUUAAACAUCCGUUUAUUCAAAUAUGAAGCCUUCUAUGAAAAAAUAUGAUUCUACAAUUUCGACUUAUUUUUCCAUGUUAUUGUUGGAUUUUAAAUGGCAUCGUCGAUCAGAAAAGUGUUAACGUCCUUUUCAUUUCCCAUAAUAAAGAUAAUAUUGUCUGAUCGUGUGAAAUCCUUGAUAUAUGGAACGAAAAGAUAGAAUACACGAGUAGGGACUGAGAAAAUAAGUUGGUUAGGUAGAGAAAAAGAUUUCUAGCGCACGGACUUCGUCUGUCGCAACACAUUCUAAAAAACGUGGCCAAUAUUGGCGCCCGCACAGUAAACUCUUGUCCAAUUCUUAGGUAGGUCGGCGGUUUGCCUUUCUCGAUAGACCGGUGAACGUUGACGAUAGCUCUCUAUCUCACUAUCGCGUUAAUCUUCUACAUCUAAUCAACUAUUCUAAUUAAAAUUACUUCCCCCCUCCUUGAGCACCGAGCUCUGAAGCGACGAAUUCGAGGUAACUUUUUCCCUGAAUAUAAAAGUAUUAACUCUCUAAACGGCAUUGUUUAUUUAGAUGAGAAAGUGGUGGAAAAAAAUAUAACGUACUUUACGCAAUUCAUAUGCGAAUUGUACGGUGCCCGUACACUCCCUCCUGCCAUUGGCUGCCAUACAGGAGUGGGAAGAGACCGCUGCGUGACGGCCUUAUAUAACCUUCUCGGGGCGCGCAUGCGCACUUGCGUAUCAAGCGACGCAGCGUUGCGCGCGCAAUCUGAACACUGCUAUGCAGAAAAAUAUAAAAUUUCCCAAUUGCCAAGAGCUACGUUUUUCUUAAUAUAAUACAAAUUUAUAAAUACACGCACUUACCAUAUGCAGCGUCCUCUUUCUAUUAAUAUAUCACUUUCUCAGUUCACUAAAAAUAAUGUGCCACUUGGAGAUGUGAUACUGUAGUAAGUUUGUCGUUUAACGCUAUACCCUAACACUAGCAUUGUACGCUCUCGCCUUGUAUCAAAUUGUUAUAGUUCCAUUAAUAAUUUAGAAGCGAAUAGAGAAACUAUAUGUGCACAUCUAUACAUACAGCACAACACACGUGUUACAUGAAUACAAAGCACAUCUGUUGACGUUAUUCAUAUUUUAUCAAGUUGUUUCUUAGGCUUCGUUAAAAACUAAUUCUCCACUGUACAAACACACGUGUACGUUAGAAUUGCCAUUGAAAGAAUAUGCAGUUUUAUCAAUAUAUUAUCUGUUACGCAUCAGAUCAGAGAGUUUAAAAGAAUUUUCCUUCGUUUUUUCUACACACAUGUGUGAAUCUUUGACGAACGCGAGGAAUUGUGCUAGUUCCUUUAUACAGUUACUAAAUAAUAAUAUAUCAUAUAUAUAUAUAUAUAUAUACGUUUACGCAUACACAUAUAUGUAUACACAUAUCAAAGGCACACGUUUAAUGCAUAACAGAGAAUGUACAUCUGUUUUCGCGCAUAUCUUCGUGACAUAUUGAAAGUGUUCUAUAUUUAGUUUUAAGAUACAAAUACCUAUUAAAUUAUAAGGUAAGGUGGAAAGUAAGAUGUUGUUAAAGGUAAUUCUAAUCGCAUAAUCGUUGCGAUCGCAACCCUGCGGCCAAGAAUAUCGCGCAUAUCAGGCGAAAGCCAACUAUAGUGAUAAUUUUAUCGAAUAGGAUACAUCCCUGUAAAUCGAUAGAAUUUAAUGAAAAUAUCUCGUACGAAGACCACUAUCGUUAAUACGAAAUUACUAUACAGGGUGUCCCAGAAAGAGUGUUAGUCCUUUAAGGGGAUGGUAGCUGGGGUGAUUCUGAACAACAUUUUCUUUGCAAAAAUGUUAUUUGAAGCUUCGUUUUUGAAUUAUUAAGGAAAAACCGCGGGCCAAUCAGAGCGCGCGUGCCGCGCGGGCUCAGGGACGGCAGUUUCGACUCCUGCGCCCGCGCGCUACGCACGCUCUGAUUCGCCAGUGUUUUUCCUUAAUAAUUCAAAAACGAAGCUUCAAAUAACAUUUUUGCAAAGGAAAAUGUUGUUAAGAAUCAUCCCAGCUACCAUUCCCUUAAAGGACUAACACUCUUUCUGGGACACCCUGUAUAAUAAAAUGUGAUAAAGUAAUUGACCAGGUUUCAACGAAGACAUGGCAAGAAAAUGAGAUAACUUUGAAAUAGUCGUCUUCGUAUGCGAUACGUCUAAUGUAAUAAACUCGUUAGCACAUUUCACUUUCUGUCCAUGCAGAAAGCAUACACAGCAUACCUCUGUAAUUAACUAAUUUGCGGCAAGUAUGUUGUAUUAUGUGUACGUUUUCCUGUGCAAGAAUAAACACAACUGUGACACUA